GGAAGUGGGGACACCAUAUACACGCGUUUUCCCAAACAUAAUUUAAUAAAGUCGGGUGCGCACGAGACUAAUCUGAAAACGAACAGAAGGUGGAACUAAGAAAGUCUUUUUCCGUCUACACUGAAUUCGUCUGUGACUGAUCUGGUUAACGGCGGUUACAUAUUUUCCCUCGCCAGUGGACUACGACAGAUUGGCAGUGAUGGGCUGGCUGGGUCUUUGGGCACUUUCUGUCCUGCUGGGGGCCUCACUCUGCCUGGCUGAAGGAUGGAGGAGCAUGGAUACGGCAAACAAAACGGAGAACGCCUCGGAGAGACUCCAGCUCAGGCAGAGUGGAGGAGCAGAAGAAAAGGCCAAGAAAUUUCACCUUGGUGCGGACAGUACCCGUGCUGGCUGCAGAAGGAGGUUCUGCGGCAGGGGGCGCCAGUGUGUGGUCUCGGACGAGACGGGGCAGACGAACUGCGUGUGCCAGGAGAAGUGCCGGCCCACCUUCGUGCCCGUGUGCGGCUCCGAUGGCCGGUUCUACGAGAACCACUGCGAGGUGUACCGCACCUCCUGCCUGCAGAAGAAGAGGAUCUAUGUGGUGCACAGCAAGGACUGCUUCUUCAAAGGCGACACGUGCACAAUGGCUGACUACAACAAGCUGAAGAGCAUGUUGCUGGACAUGCAGCCCAGGGACCUGAGCCUGGCGGGGCAGACGCAGGAAACACGCAUGGACCAGAAGAGGGCUGUGGUGGAUACCAUGUUUAAGUAUCUGGACAUGGACAGAGAUGGACACCUGGGCAGUGAAGAACUGGCACAGAUCUCAAUGAAGGACCACCUGGAGGACAGCCUGCUGGAGUGCACCAUGCAAGACCUCCUCCGAUACGAUGACUACAACAACGACGGCCACCUCACCCUGCAGGAGUUCUACACUGCAUUCCAGGUCGUCCAGCUCAGCCUACCUGAAGAGAAGCGGGUGAGUGUCACCACGGUUACCGUGGGCCUCAGCACGGUGCUGUCCUGUGCCAUUCAGGGAACACUGCGACCACCCAUCAUCUGGAAGAGGAAUGGAAUCGUGCUCAACUUCCUGGAUCUGGAGGACAUUAAUGACUUUGGCGAUGAUGGCUCACUCUACAUUACCAAGGUGACAACCAUUCACAUGGGGAAUUACAGCUGCCACGCUUAUGGAUACGAAGAGCUCUACCAGACACAUGUGCUGCAGGUGAAUGUGCCCCCGGUGAUCCUGGUGUACCCCGAGACCCAGGCACAGGAGCCGGGAGUGUCCGCCAGCCUGCACUGCUACGCGGAUGGCAUCCCCAAUCCCAAGAUCCUCUGGCUGAAGAACGGCAUGGACCUGCAGCUGAAGGGGUCCAAGCAGCUCUCACUCAUAGCCAAUGGCAGCGAACUCCACAUUGGCAGCGUGCGCUAUGAAGACACUGGCGCCUACACCUGCAUCGCCAAAAACGAGGUGGGAGUGGACGAGGACAUAUCCUCCCUGUUUGUGGAGGACUCCGCCAGAAAGACACUUGCAAACAUACUGUGGCGAGAGGAAGGGCUGAGCGUGGGAAACCUGUUCUACGUUUUCUCCGAAGAGGGAAUCACCAUCCUUCAGCCCAACGAGUGUGAGAUUCGCAGGCACAUCAAGAGGACCGAGAGGAUAGCGGCGAGCUAUGAAGAGAUGUGCCCAAAAGUCGAAGGAGACUCCACUCACUCCUGCGUGUGGGCGUCGGCCGCCAGCGUCAGGGACAAGUACAUCUACGUCACGCAGCCUCUUCAGAACAGACUGCUGGUCAUAGACACCCAGGCUCAGAAAGUUGCACAAGUCGUGGAAACAGACCCCGUGCCGGUGAAGCUAUACUACGACAAGUCCCACGACCAGAUGUGGGUGCUGAGCUGGGGGGACCUCCACAAAUCUCAGCCUACCUUACAGGUCAUCUCCCAGGCAAGCGCGGGAGAAGAGCACCACACCAUCCGUACCCAGUUCCAAAGGGUGGAGGACUUCUUCAUCCCUCCCACCAACCUCAUCAUCACACACGUGAGAUUUGGGUUCAUCUUCCUCAAGUCCGAACCCGCGGUGCACAAGAUCGACCUGGAGACCUUCCACCGCAUCAAGACCAUCAGCCUGAAGAACUACAGCUGCGUGCCCGCCAGCAUGGCCUACACGCACCUGAGCGGCUACUACUUCAUCGAGUGUCUGGGGGGGAACCUCACCACCGCACCCUCGCAGGUCAUCAUCGACAGCGUCACCGACUCCGUCAUCGGGCGCAACGCUGACGUGGCUGGCAAGCCCUACGUGUCCCCGGACGGCCGCUACGUGAUCACCCCGGAUCCCCAGCGCCAGCGGGUCAGUGUGCAGACCGUUACCUUCCAGGGUGAGCUGCAGCUGAGCCGUCACCUGGACGCGGGCCUUCACAUCUCCGACCUGGCCUUCCAGCCGUCGUUCACGGAGUCCAACCAGUAUGCUGUCGUGGCCACCUCCAGCUCCCGCACGGACCUGCUGUUCUUGGACCUCUCCACGGGGAGGAGCGAGGUCCUGAAGAACCUCAAAGAGCCCGUCCCGUCGCAGUCCUGGCCCUGGAGCGACGCCAACAGGGUGGUGGUCUCCAGUGGCCUGUUCGGACAGUACCUGGUCACUCCCUCUGCGGAGUCGCUCUUCGUGUUGAACGGGAAACAGAACAGCCCUCACUGUGAGGUGUCAGACAUCAAGAGAGGUAACACAGUGGUGUGGGUGGGAGAGGUAUGAGGAGGAGGAGGUGGAACGGCGCAGGAUUUCAAAAAAGAGAGAGAAAGAGUUCACGCAAAAACACUAGAGAUAAUGUACAUGGACUCAACCGUGAGACUGAGCAAGAGGAGCACAUGUGUGGUUAUUGUAAUAAUUAAAAAACAAAAGAAACAAAAAAAAACAUAAAAAAGAGUCAAUGAAAACUUAUGAGAAAACAUACUGAGAUAUUUUUACUGGGAGAAGGUGAUGGACCCCUUCAGUGCAACAGUGAUCUACGUGCACUUAUCUAACCAGAGUUGUACAUUAUUGCACUUCGUUGUAUCACCGCAGAUAGACGUCAGAGGAAAAGGAGGGAGGAUUAUACUGAAAAGGAACUAUGCACAAUGCUCACUUUUUUUUAGAGUAAUGUUUUUUCUUUCGAAAUGUCUGUUGUACACCAGAGCUGCAAAUAGUCAUUAUAAGAUGUCUGUCUGCCUUCAGCCUGUGUAAGCCCCUUUCUGAAGCCAUGACCUUUUUGCUCACUGUUAUGGUAUAUGUUCAUGGUGUCGUAAGUAUUUUAUAAAACCUUUAAUCUCAACCAGCACAGGUUGGCUUGAAACCUUGUACCCUAUGACAUAAUGACUCCAUUGUCUUUCAUACACUUUCCAAAGAUGUAUUUGAGCCUCCCUCUGAGACAGCUAUGGCCACAGGACGAUGGCAAAUACUGAAUGACAGCUGGUGUUCUGUAUUGUUUCAGAUAUCCAUAAUUGUAUUAAGAUCUGUUGCUCCUUUGCCGACUACCAUGGUAACCCCAGGUUCAAUUAAUCCAGUAAUAUCAUGUCGACUCCAUUUAGUCUGACCAUUUAGGCCCCCGCAAAAUCAAUGUGCAAUUCCACACAAGUGUCUCCACUCCUGGUUUGUAUGAGCAAAGGUGUCGACUGUUUUUGGUGCCACUGUCAGACUGCUCUCAUCCCAGCAGCUGGGUCACAUGGUCCCCCCCUCUUCUGCCCGCCGGCUCACAGCUUCCAGCAGCUCUGUGUUCUCAGCAAAGCGGCCAUCGUUAAGGGAAAGAUACACACAUCAACGCGCCGGAGGUGAAAAUAUUUCAGUGACCAGCAUUGUCAGGGAGGGCGCCGCGUUUUAGUGUUAGCGAGCGGCGGGCGCUGAAAGGAAGUGAGGGCCGCGCGAGCGGUGCUAUUUGUCUCGGUCGCCGCGGAGACGGCUUCUGCAUGCGCAAUGAGCCGCUGGCGCAGGUCCCGGGCCUGUCUGUCUGACUCAGCCUCAGCCAGCAGCAGCUCCGUGUGUCAGUCAAACCCCAUUCUUCAUUUUCCUCUCUCACUCCUCCACAUUCAAAACCAUUCUUUUUUUUUUUUUGCCUUCACGUUGUCGUCGUCUCUAUCACUCAGAGUAUAAGCAGAGCCAACCCCUCCCCUGCGAAAAUAGGUUAUUUUUUAAUGAUUUCCCUAGUUUAGAACAGAUGCAGAAUUGAUGGAUGUCACCAGUGUUUUAGGAGCCAACAGAUCAGAUUAUGGAGACCGACAGGAUUGGGCUAUAGGUAGGGAGUCGGAUUCAGCUGCUGACCACAGUGAUUUGAUUUAAGGCCAAUCCUUUCCUUUUUGUCGAUUU